UCAUAAACAGCUCGUCAACCACCUCGGUAGCUUGCUAGCCAACAUAGCCGAAAGAUUCAAGCUAUUUACACGCUUUCGGUGUAUAUUAGCUACUGUGUUUUCGACACACUUAGGUCGUAUCUAGUUGUUAACCUAUUUAAUAUUACGUUAUUUUGUAUUAGUCAGCUAUAGUAGCUGACUGGUUAAGUUAGCACUAGCCUAGUCGCUAAUGAUAGCUAGCUAGCUAACAUCCCUGAACAUGAGCUCACUAAACAUCUCCCCUCUCGUUAAAGAAGAGGCGGUCUGCUGGACGGCGAAAGAAGCUCUGGGGCUAAACAUUGUCGUGAAAGAGGAGAAGGAAGAAGAGGAUGUUACAGUAAAACAAGAAGUAGAGGGUGAGGCUGUUACAGUGAAAGAAGAAGAGAAAGACGUUACAGUGAAAGAAGAGGAAGACGCGUUCAGAGUGAAAGAGGCAGAGGAGGUUACAGUAAAAGAAGAGGAGGAAGAGAAAGAAGAGGAUGCCGUUUUUGAAGUGAAGAAGGAAGGGGAGAUUACUGUCACAUUGGAAGAUGAAGAGGAGAUAGGAGAUCUGAUUAACACCAGAGAGAGACGGGACUACCGUGGGUCUUCUGGGGAGCCUCAACAACCUCAUGAUGCUGACAAGGCAGAGAAGAGUCUCUCCACAUCAGAACACCUCAAGAAACACCUGCAGAGAUCCACAGGGAAGAAACCUCGCUGCUGCUCUGACGGUGGGAAGAGAUUCACCUCCUCAGCAGGCAUUAAAAUUCAUCAGAGAAUCCACACAGUGGAGAAACCUUAUAGCUGUACUCAAUGUGGGAAGAGUUUUACCCAUUCAACCAGCCUGAUAUCACACCAGAGAACACACACAGGAAAGACAUCUUACAUCUGUAGCUGUGGUAUAUGUGGGAAGAGUUUUACUCGGCUAAGCACCCUGAUAUCACACCAGAGAACACACACAGGAGAGAAACGAGAGCAACCGUAUAGCUGUGAUGAAUGUGGGAAGAGUUUUUAUACAUCUAGCCAUCUUAUUGUACACCAAAGAACACACACAGGAGAGAAACCGUAUAGUUGUACUCAGUGUGGGAAGAGUUUUUUUACAUCUAGCUAUCUGAAGAGGCACCAGAGAACACACACAGGAGAGAAACCUUUUAGCUGUACUCAAUGCGGUAAGAGUUUUACUCAGCUAAGCAACCUGAUAUCACACCAGAGAACACACUCAGGAGAGAAACCGUAUAGCUGUAAUGAAUGUUGGAAGAGUUUUACUCACCUAAGCAGCCUGACAUCACACCAGAGAACACACACAAGAGAUAAACCAUAUAGCUGUCAUGAAUGUGAGAAGAGUUUUAUUAGCCUAAGCAGCCUGAUGUCACACCAGAGAACACACACAGGAGAGAAACUUUAUAGCUGUACUCAAUGUGGGAAGAGUUUUAAUACAUCCAGCAUUCUGACUAGACACCAGAGAACACACACAGGAGAGAAACCGUUUAGCUGUGAUCAAUGUGGGAAGAGUUUUACUCAGCUAAGCGGCAUGAUAUCACACCGGAGAACACACACGGGAGAGAAACCAUAUAGCUGUGAUCAAUGUGGGAAGAGUUUUGCUACAUCUGGCCAGCUGACUUCACACCAGAUAACACACACAGGAGAGAAACGUUAUAGCUGUGAUCAAUGUGGGAAGAGUUUUGUUCAAUCUGGCAAUCUAAAAGUUCACCAGAGAACACACACAGGAGAGAAAUCUUAUAGCUGUAAUCAAUGUGACAAUAGAUACUCUAAUAAAAGGUGUCUGAUCAAACAUCAGAAAAUACAUGAAGGAGUUGUUUCAUGAUAUCAAUAAAAUGAUGUCACAAUGUAGAAUGUUGUAGGAGUAUUUUAAUGAUGUCACAAUGUAGAACCCUAAAUGUUUGUCCCCUGUUCUAUUAAUUUCAACAUGAUAUGGAUAUUAGCCUCAGGGGGAAAAUCCAGGCUCUGAAAUGGAAGAGUACUAUUUAUGUGAUUUAACAAAAAGUGACUAACACAAAAAGAGCUGUGUUACACUUACCACGUUGGUGACCCACUUGAAUCAAAAUGCAACACUUCAAAAUGUAGCUAGUUGUUUACCACAAAUUGUCCUCUAAUCAGGGAUGUACACAUUACUCCCAGAUUCUGUGUGGUUUUUGAGCUGUUAGUUUUAACAGGACGUGCAACCUCAUCUCCCUCCUGUCACACAGUUGAUUUCAACAUGAUAUCGAUGAGUGAUGACAAAUAAGUGUUGUGUUCCUUUCUUUAGCGACCCCUACAUUUAAAUGCAUCACUCCAAUAUGUAGCUGACUGUCUUCUGCAGGUUGUCCACUAAUCAGUGAGGUAAAAUAUAUCUCCCAUUUCCAUGUGUUUUUUUGUUGUGUUAGUUUCAACAGCACGUACAACCUGAUUUCCCCCCUAAUUAAUAUCAGUGAUUUAUUGCUACUUGUCAAAACAACAGCGUUUUUGGUGCUUGUGCAGUUAAUAAGGAGCUUGUUUAAAAAAUACAAGUAAUGUGAUUAUUGUGGCAGUUUGUGUAUAUCGUACAUUUUAUGUUUAGGUUUUCAAUAUAUCACAAACUGUUUCUGCAUAUUGGUUAUUGAUUUAGACACAUUAUAACUGUGUUUUGACAUUGGCCCACUGUUCCUAGGCCGUCGUUGUUAAAUAAAAAGUAGAGUUCUAGAAUCUAGUGAGUUUAAGGAUUCUAUAGAAAGAAAAAUGCUGCCAUUUUAAUAUUUGAGAAAUUAACCAAUGAUAUUAGGCCACUCUUGGCCAUGAUUACAGACACCUGUGUGUCUUGACGCUAUAUAUAAACGAGUCAACCCGCAGUGUCUGUGAUUGUACCUUGAUGAAGACAGCUUGCCUGUCGAAACGUUGGUAAAUUAAAUAUUUUUGCAUCUGAGCUAGUGUGCGGCUCUCCUUUAUUUUUUGAGGUUGGACUUUAGCACGUCUAGAUCGUUAGCACGUAGGACGCACUGAUUGGUGUCACCUCGUUAGUCUGUAUGUGUUACACCUGUGCUGGCUUGUCCAUCUCGUUAGUGGGAAGGUGUUUCACCUGAGCUGGUCCAGGUUCUAUUUAAGAGUGUCUGGCCCAGUGCUCCAGUUGUCUUGAUAGAUGUGGAGAGUCAACACCUUUAGUUGCUCCACCUUUUUGGUUUGCUUCCUGUCUUUAAGUUUGGUGUGGGUUUUUCUUUUGUUUGCCUCUUCUUGGGCAGAUUUAGUGGGUGUCAUGGUGGGUGUCUUUUAGGUCCCAGUUGUUACCAGUCAAUUUUCAAUCGAUGCCCCGUAGUGUCUUUCAGAGCCCCUCCUAAAAAACAAGUUAUGUUUUGGGUUGGAUGUAGCAUUAUAUUGUUAAAAUUUGAAUCAAUGGCAUUUCCUUUGCAAUGCUCAUUAGUCUUUCAGUUGUUCUUCGUUUUUUUAUCCUCAAUAUUUCUGUUUUUUUUUCAUUGUUUUUUUUCUGAGAAGCCAUUGUGUUGCAUCCAUGUCUGAAAUGUGCUUAGGUCCCAGUUGUUGUUACUAGUCAAUUUACAGUGGACACCCUUAUAGUGCCUUUCAGAACCCUCCUAAAAAACAAGCUAAUAUUUUGGGUUGGUUAUUGCAUCCAAUAAAUAUUUUAAUCAAUGGAAUUUCCUUAAAAUGUUCAUUAUUCUUCUGUUUGUGUACUAACUUUUUGAUUAUUUUCAUUGUCUUUUAUUUGUUUUUUUCUUGUUCCUGUUCCAUUCAUGCCUGAAAUGUGCUGUAUAAAUAAAGCUUGGUUUGAU